AUGACCGAAACUGAGGAGAUCCUCCAGCUCCGGCAGCAGUUAGAGGAGGCAAGGGCACGAGAGGAGGAGGCAAGGGCACGAGAAGAGGCAGAGCGACGCAGGAACCAAAAAACAACACUGGAAGAAUAUCUGCACAACUGCCACUUCUGUCUCUACAAGAAACUUGAGCUCGCUGACAAAUCCAAGUCAUCAACGGGAUUUACGAAGGUCGAGGGUAAAUACUAUCCCAAGUGGCUUCGUCCCUGGACCAGCUUCACGAACACCCAGCGACAACAUCAUUUCGAGGCGAUCAGGACGGUCUGUGGGAACAGGCGGCUCUUCCAUCAAGAGAGUACGACCAAAGAUCUGGGGGCUACGAUCCACCGUAAACGGGCAGGCAACGAGAAUGCCGUCGAUCACUUUGAGAAGCUUGCUGUGGAAGAUCCUGUCUGGGAAAUUCUGCGACCCCUCUGGGAGGAGGAGGAGAUGCGCAAUGAAUAUCGGUGCACGGAGCUACGAUUUAGCAACAACAUCCGGGAUUUCACCCAACAGAGCGAUGGCGAUCCGGCCAGGGAGGAGGAGCUGAGCGAAGCAAGGCACGAGCGACGACGCCGGACCGGGCCGAACAAAAGAGUGGCGUCUGAGCAGAGAGUUAAACCAGCACCCACGAAACCUGAUGGAGCUGGCGUCCGUACACGCCUGGGCGGGGAUGAGAGCCUCGCGUUUGUCUACGACUACAAGGCAGCUCACAAAGUUGCGUCGGAGUAUCUGAAGCCGGCAGUCGCGAAUGAGAAGCUGUUUAUGGAGGUCGUAGAAAGGGCCAACAGCAGUAGAUCUCGGAGCGGUGCCGAGCUACGGGGGCAGGAGAAGGCGGAAGAGCAGAUUGCCAUGGCGCUGGCACAGGUCUUCGACUACAUGGUGCGAUAUGGGGUUGCAUAUGGCUACAUUCCUGCUGGCAAAUCCCUGGUGUUCCUUCACAUCGACCGAUCCGACCCGCAGACGCUAUAUUGUCAUCCAUGCGUCCCGGACGAGGACGUGGGCGAAUCAUCCGACGGCGAUUGGACCGACGAUAAGGCGUCCUAUACGGCAGUGGCUCAGCUAGCUAGCUUCUGCUUGUUAAGCCUCCGAUCCGAAGCUCCCAGGGGAUCUUCACUCGACGCCGCGUCGCGGGAGGCUGAGGCAACGCUGAGAAAAUGGAGUGAGCCAUACGACGGUGCGGCACGUCUUGUAGGGGCAGAGGAUACGGACUCGCCCUCGGUGUCGUCAUCACAAGCAACAGACGGCUCUGAGUUCAUGUCUCACGCGGUCCCAGCCGGCCGACAGGUCGCGUUGCGGUCAAGGUCGUCCUGCAGGGCCGCGGUGGGCUUUCGUAAGGAGGACGAAGAUAAUGACGGGCCGGACGAUCGCCCAUGGAGCAGCAGCUCCGAAAACUGGGGGGGAGACGAAGCGGAAGAGGAAGCCGAGGUGUCCGAGUCGGCACCUACGAGACAAUACUGCACGCAGGCCUGCCUGCUGGGCCUCAAAAGAGGUCAAAAUCUCGACGACAAUUGCCCCAACGUGCUCGCGCAUCGUACCGCCAAAGGUGGCAGCCGCCACGCCAUCGACGCCAAUAAGUUUGCCAGCCUAGUGGAGGAGCAGCUCCGCCAGAAUCCGUAUCAAAAUUGCGAGGCGUUGGACGGCUGGGGCAAGAUAGGGGCGACGGGCGUGCUCUUCAAGCUGGAGCUGGCGCCGUACGGGUACACCUUUGUCGGCAAGGGAAGUCUACCUGGCCACUCCGGCCUCUUGGAGCACGAGAGCCGUAUCUACACGCGGCUCGACAAGCUCCAAGGCGAGGUAGUACCAGUGCACUUUGGACUCGUGCGGCUCGACUGGGGUUACAUUCUCCCUGGCGGGGCUAGGAUCUUUCAUAUGAUGCUGAUGUCGUGGGGUGGGGAGACGGUUGACACGGUCACCGCGGGUGCUGGCGCUGUAGACCUGCUGGCGGAAGUGCGGCGUUCCUCACAGGACGUCUGGGACGAGGGCGUCGACCACGGCGACGAGCGCAACGCUAACCGGCUCUGGAACGACGAGCUCCGACGCGUCAUGCUGAUCGACUUCGACCACGCCACCCUUCUUCCACGCCCCAGACACAAGCAGCUUUCCAAGGUGUCCGGGAGCAAGAGGAAACGGCAAGGAGAUCAUGGGAACUACAACCGGAAACGUGGUUUCCAACCGGGUCGCAAUAAUUGCUACCGAGAGGUCCCCAAUCAACUCCAACUCCAUAUUAGUUAA